AUGACUUCUGUGGAGAUGGUGAACCAGCUCAAAGAAUACUUCAUUAAAAAAUUUGGAGGAGAGGAGAAGCUUGUGAAGACACUGACCGAGUUGAAGUUUAAGGAACCAAAUGAUAAUAAUCGCGGAAAUCUUAUCGCUAGUUUCAUAUUGCAUGCAACUAUCUCAUUGAAACCAGAAGAUAGAGUAAACUUGAAAGAGAAUGUAAACAACAUUUUCAAAAUCGAAAAUGGAUUUGCAUACCGUAAAUUGAACGAAAAUCAGGUCUCUCGUGGUUAUACAUACGUCACUCACUCAUUUCUUACUUCCACGCAACUCCUGGAAUUACGGAAGAAGACGUUCGAGAGAUAG